CUUAUCAUGACUUCUUUCUUAAGCAUACAUCAUGGUCCGGCGUCUUGGUCAUUCCGGACGCUUAAUUCGGUACUCCGCCCUCGGGUAGCCGUAUCGGGCUGCAAAAGCCGAGGGGUUUUUGUCCAGCAACGACCGCGAUGAAACUUCCAGAUCAGCCUCGCGGCUUGCCUUCGCUGGGCGUCCUGCUGCAAAGUUCUUUCACCGCCAUCUGCUGUUCUUGGCUGUCGUGAAGGUUACAUUGGACGGAGGGUCAGCAUGCGGGGAAGCGCGAAUGAUAACAACAGCCGGGAUCCUGGCCUGGAACGAUCCCCAGCACCGGGCGCCCGUACCUGCGUAUAGCUACAAAACCUGGAGCGUGCCCUGCUUCAACUCUAGAGCUGUCUUCCGUUGCUCUAAUUGAGGUCCACGAUGAUUCUACCGUGUUUGUUCCGUGUUGUUGGUGUUGCGGCGGCUCUGCAACCUCUUCCGCCCGUUCAAUGGACGAACAACAACGCGUCUUCAACUGGCUUCUCGCUGAGUGACGCGCCCAAGAGGAUAUACAUCGACAACACCUUCGCGGAUCAAAAUGAUACAGAGGGUUUGACGCUCACCCCUCCCUCCGCAUACGAGUUCGCAGAGACGUUCCGGCAAGAUAUUUCCCAGCUCGUCGGCGCGAAUUGGACGCUGCAAAGGGUCGACGGAUUGCCUACCUCUGGGAUAUUACUUGGACACUUCAGUGGCGAGCCGAGCGAAUUGACGUACGAGAACGGUGUGGAGACUGAAGAGGGUUAUGAGCUAGAAGUACGCAACGGCAGCGUUUUCAUCGGUGGCACCGGGGCUCGGGGCAUGUUCUGGGGAACACGGACGCUGCUUCAAGAGCUAUUGAUUGCAAAUGGAUCGACUUUGGCCCCUGGAAAGGUUGUUGAUGCGCCGGCAUAUGCGACCCGGGGGUACAUGCUUGAUGCCGGCCGAAAAUGGUACACCGCGGACUUCCUGAAGGAGCUUUGCACAUACGCGUCGUUUUUUAAGAUGUCGGAGUUCCACUACCAUUCGAGCGACAACUAUCCGCUAAACCGUGGCCACAAUGAGACAUGGAAUAAGGUGUUCUCCCAUUUCUCGCUGUAUCCGGAGGAUCCCGCGCUACAAGGUAUCAUCCAGCGGCCAAACGAGACUCUUUCGAGAUCGGAGUUUGAGGACUUCCAGAGGCAUUGCGCGCAGAGAGGUGUAACCGUAAUUCCUGAAAUCGAAGCGCCAGGGCAUUGUUUGGCCAUCACAAAGUGGAAACCAGAGCUGGCGCUCGCGAAGAAAGAUCUGCUGAACCUGUCCCAUCCAGACGCCAUACCUACAGUAAAGGCUAUCUGGUCGGAGUUUCUACCUUGGUUCCAGACAAAAGAAAUACAUAUUGGAGCCGACGAGUACGAUGCCGAUCUCGCGGAUGACUACAUUAACUUCGUAAAUGAGAUGUCGGAGUUCGUCAACUCAACAUCGGGAAAGCGCAUCAGAAUCUGGGGUACGAACGAGCCCUCCGAAAACCUCACCAUCUCGAAGGAUAUCAUCACGCAACAUUGGCAAUACGGACAAUCAGAUCCUAUCCAACUUCAAAACGACGGCUAUUCCUUGGUUAACUCGGAGGAUUGGUGGGCGUACAUGAGCCUAAAGAACGAUCAUACUCCAAUUCUUCCGGCGCCGUAUCCGCAGUUCUACAAUGUCUCCCGAACGAUGAAUUUCGCAAACAUACCAAGCUGGCAGUGGGACCCGUCUCUGUUCAAUCCGGUGAAUACCACCGAACAGCUUGAACCGGGUGCCAGUGGGAACAAAGGCGCUAUUCUCGCGGCAUGGAACGACAACGGCCCCGACGCUACUACGCAGCUUGAAGCUUACUACGCCAUGCGCGAUGGGAUACCUGUGGUCGCCGCGCGUGCUUGGUCAGGAUCGAGAGGUGUAAAUAUCAGUGCCGAAGACCUCUCCUCUACGCUGGCGUUCCUAACGGCGGUACCGCCGGGUCAGAACCUCGAUAGACGCGCUCCGCUAAUAGGAUGGGCGCGCCAGGCUUCAACCCCCGCCAACGUGACACUCGGUAGGGGAUCGUACGGGCCUCCAUACACGCUCAUCCUCAACGCCUCCUCGCCGUUUACACUAACGGGCCCCGACACUUCCCUCUCCAUCUCAACCGUUUCUACAAAUACUACAAACGUAACCACACUCGUCUUCACUACAGCCGACAACUUUCCAUACCCCCUGCGCUCAGUGUCUGAAGCAGACGGGCACGAUCCAGGUCACCCAGGCCGCAUCUGGACGAAUCAGUCCACCUCUACCCAUGAACCGGUGCCCGUCACGUUCCCGGUGACGCUAAGAGUCGAGACGGAUGUUCGGAAUGGGAGCAGGGUGUGGGUGAAUGACGAGUUCAAGGGACGGUUCGAGGUGUUUGUGUUCGGGGGAAGGAACACGUUGUUCAGUUGGAGUCAGAUGGCUCUAGUCGCGCCGCUGAAUGAGCUCGAGGGUGGGUUGGACAGUUUGGAGCUGCAGGCUGGGAUUCGAGGGAGCGGUGAUGGGACUCCGCCCCCGCCGCCUUCAAACGGCGGGUCGCGCGGACAGCCCGUGGGUUUUGUGAGCGUAGCUAUAGCGUUAUUAGCUACCGUUGUAGUAACAGCAACGAUGUAACUGGGGAUGCAUACAUGUAGU